ACGAGGGUGAUCGGUCGCGACUGGAAGAUGGAGAAGGAGAACAGCAGUCCAGUGCAGUGUCCGAACACGGUGACGGUUCGGAGAAACCCUCACCGGCGAGCAAGAGCUACGCCUACCGUGAAAGCAGCUCCCGACUCCAAUCCUUCUUCCUCUGCCAUUUCUUCAUUUCCAAUUCAAGAAAUUCUUGCCAUGGAACUUCCUCAAAACCCUAAAGACAAUUACUCAUCGUCCCUUCAAUCUCCUCUCUCCGAAAACCUAAAGGUUUACCUUAGAGUUCGACCUUUGCAGCCGAAGAAUUUGAAGAAAUCCGGAAAUGCUGGCGAUCAUAAUUCGAGGUCCGGACAUGUAUGGCCGCAGAACCCCCAGAAGAAGAAAGCGGCGAAGGAGAAUACUGUGAAGAAGAAGAGCAGCGAGGCUUGUAUAACGGUUAAUGAUGAUCACUCAGUAACAGUCUGUCCGCCUAUUGCGUUGCAAGAGACCAGGCGGAGUAAGUCUGAGGUUUACGAAGGAUUUUCCCAUGUAUUUUCUACGGAAUCAUCUCAGGGUGAAGUGUAUGGGAGAAUGGUUAGUCCUUUACUGGAGGAUUUUUUGAGGGGUAAAAGUGGAAUGCUGACUGCACUGGGUCCUAGCGGCUCGGGUAAGACGCACACCAUUUUUGGAAGUCCAAGAGAUCCUGGUAUGGUUCCAUUGGCUCUUCAACAUAUUUUCAGAAAGACAGAGUCGAAUGAUUCUCACAACUCCAGGUCAUAUUAUUUAUCGAUCUUUGAAAUAUACUCAGAAAAAGGUAAAGGGGAAAAGAUGUAUGAUCUUUCAGCAGAUGGGGGCGAAUUAACUAUGCAGCAGUUUACUAUAAAGGGCCUGAAAGAGGUUUUAAUUUCUAAUGCCGGAGAAGCUGAAUCACUAGUGGCUUGUGCAAUGACUAGACGGGCCACUGCAAUGACAAAUGCAAAUAGUACAUCAAGCCGGUCACAGUGCAUCAUUAACAUCCGCAGAGUUGCUAACCAAGACGACGUCAAGAAUGCAUCGAACUGUGCCAUACUAACCAUUGCUGAUCUCGCUGGAGCUGAAAGAGAGAAAAGAACAGCGAAUCAGGGGACAAGAUUACUUGAAGCUAACUUCAUCAAUAAUACAUCAAUGGUUUUUGGCUUGUGUCUAAGAUCAUUGUUUGAACACCAAAGGAACCCAAAGAAGCCACUGCAAAAGCAUUUCCACAAUUCUUUGCUGACCAAGUACCUUCGGGAUUACUUGGAAGGAAAGAAGCGAAUGACCUUGAUUUUAACUGUGAAAGCAGCGGAAGAAGACUAUCUUGAUACAUCCUACCUUCUCAGACAAGCUUCACCUUAUAUGAAAAUCAAGUUCAACAAUGUUGUGGAACCUUCAAACACCAAUAAGAGACAAUUGCAGAUGUUAUUUACAACUGAGGAGCAGAAAAGAACAAAAUAUAGUGUUCUUGAAGCAUGUGAGAACGAAGGAAAGGGACAUCAAGAGGAAGGCCAACUUCCUCAUGAAGGUUGUUUAAAUCAAAACUCUAUAGAGCCUCUAGAUAGUAGUACUGAGUGUCCACCAACGAAGUCUAGCCGUACAGAAUUGUCUGGGACUGAAAGAAAUCAUUUGAUUAUGCAAAACUUUGCUAAAGCCAUAUGGCAAGUCUUGAAGCAGUAUAGAGAUAAACUAAAGAGUGCAGAGAAUGAAAAUAAAAACCUUCGAGAAGAAAUUAAGAAGGAAAAGAUGAGAUAUUUUGAGCUGGAAAAGCAAUGGCAGAAUUCAAGAUGUAGUAAUUGCUCCAAGGAAGAUUGUGCUGAAGCUGCAUCCAUCCUAAUUAAAACUUCUGAGUUAAAAAAUGGUUUGGAGGAGAACGGAUUCAAUAGUGUUCAUGAGGUAAAUACGAACUCUUCCGUCCGAGUGAAGGAAUUUGAGGAGAAUAGAGCUCCAGAAGGAUGUGGUUCCUCUCCCUGUGAAGACAUAAAUAGUUGCUUAGAAUCUGAUGGAGUUAAAGAGGCACAUAUCAACCAUAUAGACAAGACCAGUCCUAGGAGUGAGUGCAACACGGUGAAUAAAUUUACAUAUGUGGAAGCAGAUGAUGGUUGCCUGACUGCAAAUCUUACAGAGUUAGCCUUCGGCGCCCCGCAGUCACAUAUCUUGGUGAGGCAUAACAGUUGUUCAUCAGUAGAGCUGGACAACCUCAGUGAACACAAUGAGGAAUCUACUUCAGCUGUAUCACCUUUACGCGAAGCUCCGUCUAUUCACUGCAAUGAUCAUGAAUGUGAAACUCAACCUGUACUUGAUACAUCAUUAAACCAAUCAACUUCAGAAAAGUCUGAAAGGGAUUCAACUCAUUUGAAUGAAGAAAAAGAACUCUUGGCGGAUGUUGCAUCUUGUCAAGAACACAACAGUGAUGCGCAUUGCAGUGAGCCAAGAGCUGACGUCUCACGCAAACUAGAGAAACCAAAAAGGAGACUUUUGCCUGCCUCGUCCACAUUAUUGAGGGAUUUCAGCAACAUGCAUGUCGAGGACGAUAUCGAGGUGUCAAAGGUAAACAGAAAUGGGAAACAAUCAGCUACGAGUGAAAAAAUCAGAACACAGGGUAGCAUCUCUCUUAUGCUCAUGCUUAAAAGAAAUCUUCGAAUCUAGUAAGUCCACUUUCUUUGAAAUUAAACAUUGUAUAGUUGGUUCCAAAGUAGGAAAAUUGACAUCUGAACUCCUUGGUUAUCAUUUCCAGUGGUACAAUGUUUGUGUAUUCUUCUUUGGUUUCUUGAUUUGGGUUUGUAGUUCUUUUUCUCCAUUGACAUAAUAAGUAAAACUCAAUCUAAAAUGAUCCUUAAAUACCUUUUCAA